UUCCCUUUGGAGGCAUUUGGGGGCGUUUGGAAUCUUGGCCUCCCCUUAGUCCAGCUCCCCAAGAGAAAUUAGGGCGAGACCCAUGCCCGAUGUGCGUGGCUCUCGUGGACCCGCACUAGCGCGUGGGGUGCGCUCGGGGCUGGCGGUCCGCGGCUCUAGCCUUCUCCACGCCGGCCUCGCGCCGGAGGGGGCGCGGCCGUGAGUCACCCCCUCCCCCUGCGCUCCCUCCUUCGCCCUCUCAGACAUACACCCCUCCCCUGCUAUCCCGCCCCGGACUCUGGCUCCGGCUCCGAUUGCAGUUUGCAACCUCCUCUGCCGCCGCUACCAAGUCACUGGCGGUUCAGGUGGCUCCGCUUCGAUGUCCUAGUCCCCCCCCCCCCCCCCCGCGCCGCCCGGGCUGGAUUCGGCGGGGCCGCCUUCACCCUCCGCUGGAGUCAUGAGGGUGAACGCGGCUCUGCAGGUGCUGGGCUUUCUUCUCAACCUGGCCCAGGGCUCCGACGUGGGCAACUCUCAGGCAGUGUGUCCUGGGACUCUGAAUGGGCUGAGUGUGACGGGCGAUGCCGAGAACCAGUACCAGACGUUGUACAAGCUGUACGAGAGGUGUGAGGUGGUGAUGGGGAACCUUGAGAUUGUGCUCACAGGACACAAUGCUGACCUCUCCUUCCUGCAGUGGAUCCGAGAAGUGACCGGCUAUGUCCUCGUGGCCAUGAACGAGUUCUCUACGCUGCCACUGCCCAACCUCCGGGUGGUGCGGGGGACUCAGGUGUACGAUGGGAAGUUUGCCAUCUUUGUCAUGUUGAACUAUAACACCAACUCCAGCCAUGCCCUGCGCCAGCUCCGCUUUACUCAGCUCACUGAGAUUCUGUCAGGGGGCGUUUAUAUUGAGAAGAACGAUAAACUUUGUCACAUGGACACAAUCGACUGGAGGGACAUCGUGAGGGACCGAGGUGCAGAGAUAGUGGUGAAGGACAAUGGCAGGAACUGUCCCCCAUGUCAUGAGGCCUGCAAGGGGCGAUGCUGGGGUCCUAGACCAGAGGAUUGCCAGACAUUGACCAAGACCAUCUGUGCCCCUCAAUGUAAUGGUCACUGCUUUGGGCCCAACCCCAACCAGUGCUGCCAUGAUGAGUGCGCAGGCGGCUGCUCAGGCCCUCAGGACACAGACUGCUUUGCCUGUCGACUCUUCAAUGACAGUGGGGCCUGUGUGCGCCAGUGUCCACAGCCUCUAGUCUACAACAAGCUUACUUUCCAGCUGGAACCCAACCCCCACACUAAGUAUCAGUACGGAGGAGUUUGUGUGGCCAGCUGUCCCCAUAACUUUGUAGUGGAUCAAACUUCUUGUGUCCGGGCCUGUCCUCCUGACAAAAUGGAAGUAGAUAAAAAUGGACUCAAAAUAUGUGAACCUUGUGGGGGGCUCUGCCCCAAAGCCUGCGAAGGGACAGGCUCUGGGAGCCGCUUCCAGACUGUGGACUCUAGCAACAUUGAUGGAUUUGUGAACUGCACCAAGAUCCUGGGCAACCUGGACUUUCUUAUCACUGGCCUCAAUGGAGACCCCUGGCACAAGAUCCCUGCCCUGGACCCUGAGAAGCUCAAUGUCUUCCGGACAGUACGGGAGAUCACAGGUUACCUGAACAUCCAGUCCUGGCCUCCCCACAUGCACAACUUCAGUGUCUUUUCCAACCUGACAACCAUCGGGGGCAGAAGCCUAUACAACCGGGGUUUCUCUUUGUUAAUCAUGAAGAACUUGAAUAUAACAUCUUUGGGCCUCCGAUCUUUGAAAGAAAUUAGUGCCGGGCGUGUCUACAUAAGUGCCAACAGGCAGCUCUGCUACCACCAUUCUCUGAACUGGACCAGGCUUCUUCGGGGGCCUCCUGAAGAGAGACUAGACAUCAAGCAUAAUCGGCCCCGCAGAGACUGUGUGGCCGAGGGCAAAGUGUGUGAUCCCCUGUGCUCCUCUGGAGGAUGCUGGGGCCCAGGUCCUGGUCAGUGCCUCUCCUGUCGAAACUACAGCCGAGGAGGUGUCUGUGUGACCCACUGCAACUUUCUGAAUGGGGAGCCUCGUGAGUUUGCCCAUGAGGCUGAAUGCUUCUCCUGCCACCUGGAGUGCCGACCCAUGGAGGGUACUGCCACAUGCAAUGGCUCGGGUUCUGAUGCUUGUGCUCAGUGUGCCCAUUUUCGAGAUGGGCCCCACUGUGUGAGCAGCUGCCCCAGCGGCAUCCUUGGAGCCAAGGGCCCCAUCUACAAGUAUCCAGAUGCUCAGAAUGAAUGUCGGCCCUGCCAUGAGAAUUGCACCCAGGGGUGCAAGGGACCAGAGCUACAAGACUGUUUAGGUCAAACACUGGCACUAAUCAGCAAAACCCAUCUUGCAGUGGGUUUAACAGUGGUAGUAGGAUUGGCAGUGAUUUUCCUGAUCCUUGGAGGCACUUUCCUCUACUGGCGUGGGCGUCGGAUUCAGAAUAAGAGGGCUAUGAGGCGCUACUUGGAACGGGGUGAGAGCAUAGAGCCUCUGGAUCCCAGUGAGAAGGCUAACAAAGUCUUGGCCAGAAUCUUCAAAGAAACAGAGCUGAGGAAGCUUAAAGUGCUUGGCUCAGGCGUCUUUGGAACCGUGCACAAAGGAGUAUGGAUACCUGAGGGGGAAUCAAUCAAGAUUCCAGUCUGCAUUAAAGUCAUUGAGGACAAGAGUGGACGACAAAGUUUUCAAGAUGUGACGGAUCAUAUGCUGGCCAUUGGCAGCCUAGACCAUGCCCACAUUGUACGGCUGCUGGGACUGUGCCCAGGGUCAUCUCUGCAGCUCGUCACUCAGUACUUGCCUCUGGGUUCCCUGCUGGAUCACGUGAGACAACACCGUGGAGCGUUGGGGCCCCAGCUGCUGCUCAAUUGGGGAGUACAGAUUGCCAAGGGGAUGUACUACCUUGAGGAGCAUGGUAUGGUGCACAGGAACCUGGCAGCCCGAAAUGUGCUACUGAAGUCACCCAGUCAGGUUCAGGUGGCAGAUUUUGGGGUGGCUGACUUGCUGCCCCCUGAUGAUAAGCAACUACUACACAGUGAGGCCAAGACUCCAAUUAAGUGGAUGGCCCUGGAGAGUAUCCACUUUGGGAAAUACACACACCAGAGUGACGUCUGGAGUUAUGGAGUGACAGUUUGGGAGCUGAUGACCUUUGGGGCAGAACCCUAUGCUGGGCUACGACUGGCUGAAGUACCAGACCUGCUAGAGAAGGGGGAGCGACUGGCGCAGCCCCAGAUCUGUACCAUCGAUGUCUACAUGGUCAUGGUCAAGUGUUGGAUGAUUGAUGAGAACAUUCGUCCAACCUUUAAAGAACUAGCCAAUGAGUUCACCAGGAUGGCCCGAGACCCACCACGGUAUCUGGUCAUAAAGAGAGAGAGUGGGCCUGGAAUUCCCCCUGGGGCAGAGCCCCCUGCUCUGACAAACAAGGAACUGGAGGAGGUGGAGCUAGAGCCAGAAUUGGAGCUAGACCUGGAUUUGGAGGCAGAGGAGGAUGGUCUGGCGGCCACACUAGGCUCUGCCCUCAGCCUACCUGUGGGAACACUUAAUCGGCCCCGUGGGAGCCAGAGUCUUUUAAGCCCAUCAUCUGGAUACAUGCCUAUGAACCAGGGUAAUCUUGGGGAGACUUGCCAGGAGUCUGCAUUUUGUGGGAGUGGUGAGCGGUGCCCCCGUCCAGCCUCUUUGCACCCAAUGCCACGGGGACGCCUGGCAUCAGAGUCCUCAGAGGGCCAUGUGACAGGCUCUGAGGCUGAGCUCCAGGAGAAGGUGUCAAUGUGUAGGAGCCGGAGCCGGAGCCCACGGCCACGUGGAGACAGUGCCUACCAUUCCCAGCGCCAUAGCCUGCUCACUCCUGUCACCCCACUCUCCCCACCAGGGUUAGAGGAAGAGGAUGUCAAUGGAUAUGUCAUGCCAGAUGCACACCUCAAAGGUACUCCCUCCUCCCGGGAAGGUACCCUUUCUUCAGUGGGCCUCAGUUCUGUCCUGGGUACCGAAGAAGAAGAUGAAGAUGACGAGUAUGAGUACAUGAACCGGAGGAGAAGGCGCAGUCCAACUCGUCCCCCUAGGCCCAGUUCUCUCGAGGAGCUGGGUUAUGAGUACAUGGAUGUGGGAUCAGACCUCAGUGCUUCCCUGGGCAGCACACAGAGUUGCCCACUCAACCCUGUGCCCCUCAUGCCUGCUGCUGGCACAACCCCAGAUGAGGACUAUGAAUAUAUGAAUCGGCGACAUGGUGGAGGAGCUCCCGGGGGAGAUUACGCAGCCAUGGGGGCCUGCCCAGCGGCUGAGCAAGGUUAUGAAGAGAUGAGAGCUUUCCAGGGGCCUGGACACCAUGCCCCCCAUGUCCACUGUGCUCGCCUCAAAACUCUCCGUAGUUUAGAAGCCACUGACUCCGCUUUUGAUAACCCUGAUUACUGGCAUAGCAGGCUUUUCCCCAAGGCUAAUGCUCAGAGAACAUAACCUCUGCUCACUGAAGUACUCAGGGAGCAUUUGAUGGCAGCUAUUGCCUCUAAAGGGUACCCCUCUUCCCCCUAGUCCCUCUCUCACAGGUCUUAGCCUUAUUUCCCCAGCCCUAGACAAUUCCAUUCAACCUUUGGAGGCUUUUAAACACUGCAACAAAAUUCUUGUGAGAUGUAGCCAGCUGUGCACUUUCUUCCCUUUCCCAAUCCAGGAAAAGGAGAUUUCCCCUAUUUUAUGUGUGUUUCUAAUCCCAUUCCUCAGCUUCCUCAGGGAGACUCCCUGGAGAUAUGAAGGAUUACUCCCAUGUCCCUUUCUCUCAGACUCUGACUUGUUGAGAUUAGGCUUUAAAGUGUGCUUUUUGUUUCCUACCAGACUAGUAAGGAAGGGGAAAGUGGGUUGGGGGGAACGAGGCAGGGGAAAGUAAAAUUUUGGCUGAUGACUCAGCCCCCUGGAAAGAAUGGAAAGCUUCAAAUCUUGAGUGAAGAAAGAGGUUGGGCACAGAUAUUUAGAGUACUAUUAAUUCUGCACCUACUAUGCCAGGCAUCAUGCUAAAGUUUACCUAUGUUAUGUCAUCUGAUGCUUACAACGAUUCUGUGAGCUAGUUAUUCUCCCAUUUCACAAAUAAGGAAACUGAGCCUUAAAGAGAUUAAGUACAUAAAGUGGUGGGUCCUGGAUUCAGAAUCUCCCAUUUGCAGGUUUUCUCCCUGUAAGGUAUCAAGGCAAACUGAUAAGUCAGAGUCCUUGUCAGGGCAUUGUCGUCUUGUUUUUGCACUGAAUCAAGUCUAACCCCAACAACCCCAACCUCCUCCUACACCCAGACUUCUCAUCUCAGGAAGUAGGGGGAAGGGGAUGGUCGGAAGGAAAAAAUAACUGGACAUUUUUGUGUAAACCAUAAUCCAUAUGUGCUGUAAAUGAUCACUUCUUACCCAAGGGACAGAUUCACAAGAGUCCCAAGAGCCACGUUUAGGGUCUGUACUCAUCCAGGGAAACUACCAGUUAGGAUAGAAAGAGGACCCAGCUUCAGGCCUUUGCUCGGAUGGGAAACGGGGUGUCUUGUUAUCACUGAAGAUUUUUGUUUUGUUUUUAUACACACCUGAAUAAAAAAAUGCCGGUUUUUCA